CAGCUGUUAUGUAAAAAGUUUUGUCCAAUGACAGGGAUGGAGGAGACCGAAUAUUGGGUGGUAUUAUGAAAUACCCCCAGAGGCCCAUCCCUAUAUAAAAGCGCCUCGCACGAAUCCAGCUGCAGCACUACAGAUACACUUUCAGAUACUGUGAUCGAGCUCAAGCACAGAAGCAGCAUGCUCAGGCUUUGUAUAGCUCUCUGUGUCCUGGCGACAUGCUGGGCACAGGACUGCAUGGUGAGCAACAUGACCGUCAAACAGGACUUUGACAGAAUGAGGUAUCAAGGAACAUGGUACGCCGUAGCCAAGAAAGACCCCGUUGGGCUUUUCCUUCUUGAUAAUAUUGUCGCCAAUUUCAAAGUGGAGGAGGAUGGAACCAUGACAGCUACAGCCAUCGGCAGAGUCAUCAUUCUCAACAAUUGGGAGAUGUGCGCCAACAUGUUUGGCACUUUUGAAGACACCGAAGACCCAGCUAAAUUCAAGAUGAAAUACUGGGGAGCCGCAGCUUAUCUCCAGACAGGAUAUGAUGACCACUGGAUCAUUGACACCGACUAUGAUAACUACGCCAUCCACUACUCCUGCAGAGAGCUUGAUGUGGAUGGAACCUGCUUGGACGGUUAUUCCUUCAUCUUCUCCCGAUAUCCCGAUGGCCUCAGACCUGAAGACCAGAAGAAUGUGACAGAGAAGAAACAGGAUAUCUGCUUCCUGGGCAAAUACAGACGCGUUGCACACACAGGUUUCUGUGACACUGCCUAAACGACCGCCACACUGAGGACGUAAUCUGACAUUUUUAUAUUUCUAACAGAUAUGUAAAUAUGGGCAAUAAGCUCAAUAAAAGAGAAUGAGCAAUAAUUUUGCACAAAAAGCAAAAGGUUUAAUAACAGUAAGUUGCAGGAUGUAACUAUUUUUUUCUUCUAUUUUUUUUUUUUUUUCAAAUAAACUUGAAAAGAAAGUAUAUUUACUGAACUCAGUGCUUGAUGCUGGUAAACUCAAGUCUUCAAAUGUCAUCUGAGGUUUCUCCUGCGCGCUACCAAUACAAACAGCACCGUGGUAAAUCAAUGCUGUCUGUUGACAGACCCGCUAACAAAAAUCUUGUGCAACAUGGAUCAUGAUACAGAGUGACUGGUGUCAGCGCACAGAUCAUACACCAGCGUCCAGCCUUUCAGGGACAGCAACUGUUACAUGAAAACCGUUGCAUUUUCUUUGAGUUGCAAUUCAUAAUGUGUGCAUGCACAUGGGCCAAAGUUGUUGGAGAAUGAAAUGUUGCAUUGCCAUUCAGUGUAACACAAUGUAAAAAUCCGUUGUACGUAUUAAAAAUAUAUAAAGGAACAAGGAAGCAUGUUAAAUUUUAUUGUGUUUGAAAAGAGUAAAAACAUCUUACUGGCAAAUGGGUGAAAACUAGGGUAGUGGCAUAAUAAUAAAUGUCAAAUGAAUUAGUAUUUGGGGUGAAAGUAAUUCAUCUUGACCACAAGAUUGCGACACUGAAUGACAUCUUAGUGGGUAAAUCUUUUAUUUUUGCCUCAGAAAAACUAAAAAUUGCUAUUAAUGUUUUUUUGGUGGUGGUGGGGGUAAGGUACUACACUUAUUUUUUUAGUUAAACCCUUUUUUUGUCUUUCACCCUUAAGCAUUUACGCAGUCUUCUAAAUACAAUAUUUAUAAACUUCUAUUGAUGCACAUUCUGUUUAGAAAUGUCAUGGAAAAGGCUAUUAAUUUCAUAUAUUGCAUUUAAUAUGUCUAUGGAGAAAUUUUGCAUUGAGAUUUAUAUCACUUUAAAAUAAAACUAUUAUACAAAUGUU